CUUCACGCCCUCGCCCUCCUCGCCCUCCUGUCGACCUCUCGACCUCCUGUCGACUUCCUCCCCACCUCUCGACCUCCUCCCGACCUGUCGACCUCCGCCCCCGCCCAUGAUGCCGCCGAAGAAGCCGGCGGGCAGCAUUGUCCAGGCCGAGGUCGCCCUGCACCAGUCGCUGAAGAACUGCCUCGUCAACCUCCCGGCCUCGCUCGUCUCGGUGCUCGUGAACGCGAACGCGGUCGCGCAGAAUGUCGUCGUCGAGCUCUCCUACCGCCAGCCGCCGCCGUCGGGCGCCUCGGAUGCGCGCAGCGCCUCUCCGCCAAAGUCCGUCUUCGUCGGAUGGACGGGCAUGCAGAGCAAGCGCAGGCUCGCCGCCGUCGUCGAUGGGACUGGCUUGCGGAACAGCCCGGCGGCCAGCCAGCAAGACGUCGCUGCCGUCGAGGUCGACGCCGCUUUUGCCCGCCUCAUCGGCCUGGACGAGGGACAAAAGGUCGGCGUUCAGCUGCACCUCGACCCCCCGCAGGCCCACACCAUCAACAUUGAGCCGCUGACACCCGUCGACUGGGAGAUGAUUGAGCUGCACGCCCAGUUCCUCGAGCUCAACUUCCUCUCGCAGAUCCGCGCCCUGCCCAACCCCCAGGCGCAGACGCCGCACCCGGUGACGCUCCAUCUCUCGCCGACCACGACGGCAAACAUCGUCGUCACCUCGCUCGCGCCUGCGCCGCCCGCAGCCUCGCUGUUUGCCAAGAUCUCGCCCGACGCCGAGGUCGUCGUCGCCCCCAAGACACGCCAGAAGCCAGAUCGCAGCUCGGCGAACCGAGAGAGCCGAAGCGUCGGCGCUGCCUCUCGGAAGAGCGGGAAGAGCGCCGCGAGCACAGUGCGCCGCCGGAGCGGCCGCGACCAGGCGCCGAGCAAAGGCGCCGUCUUCCUCAGAGGAGUGGACCGCAGUGUGGCUCAGGACUGGUUCGACGAGGACGAGGACGAGGGCGCCGGCGCCGCGGGCCUCGCGAUCUGGGUCGACAAGCAUCUUCUUCUCACAAACGCACUCAGGGGGGCAACAUGGGUCUCGGUGGCUGUCGUCAAGCCCGCUGGACUGCAGGAGCCUGUGGACAUGUCGAAAGAGCACCCCCAAGACAAGGUCGCUGCCCGCGUCGUUGCAAGGAUAGCCGCCUGGGAAGACGCCCCAGACAGCCGCCACGUGGCGCUCUCCACUGAUCUGUGCAGAGUCCUCGGCUGUGAAGGCUUCGUGGGCGGCCUGGUCCGUAUCGAAGGCGCACCCAGUCAGACCCCGAAGCCGUCGGCCAUCAAGCCCACGAAUCCAGCCUCGAGAGAGUCGAAAGACCCCGUCGUCAAGUCGCUCAAGGUCUUGCCAUUCUCUGCAGCUGCGUCGCAGAGCAACGCAAACCUGAGGUUCGGCGCUGAGUCGAAGCAGGAGCAGGAGGCUGCCAUACAAAGGCUGAAGACCAUGUACGGCAAGAAGAACGGCCUCUUGGACGGCCCAGUCACAGACGGCAUGGUUCUGCCUCGAGGGGCAGACUCGGAAUCCACCUGGCAAGGAGGCAUCGUCCGGUUCGAGCCACCUCAGCCGUCGAGCGGAACAUCGUGGGUGCUCUUCCCGGAACGUAAGCCUGCCAUUGAGCUGGGAGCCGAGGUUGCGCCACCGUCGAGCUGGGCCAGAGGCUGGCAGCAGGGCGACCCGUUGCCGAGCACUCGUCCAGAACUGGUUGGCAUCGAUGCUCUCGUCGGCCAGUUGCGCUCGCACCUCACUCACAGCUCAUCGGUCCUGCUCAGUGGUGGGCUCGGGGCUGGCAAGUCGCAAUGCGCCCAGCUGCUUGCGCACCAGCUGCGCACAGAGUAUCUGUUCAACACCACCUACUUCCCUUGCCGCAAGCUCGUGACAGACGACACACGAGUCGCAACCAUCAAGGAGACACUGGAGAGGCUCUUCGCGACAGCCGCGUGGAGUGCACGCUCGGGCGGCAACUCUGUGGUCAUCCUGGAUGAUCUAGACAAGCUCUGUCCGGUCGAGACGGAGCUUCAAGUGGGCAACGAGAACGGCCGCAGCCGGCACGUCAGCGAGAGCAUCGUCUCCCUCGUGAGGAAGUACUGCUCGAUCGACUCUGGCGUUGUUGUGCUUGCCACGGCACAGGGCAAGGAGGCGCUCAACAACGUCAUCGUAGGCGGCCACAUUGUCCGCGAGAUGGUCAGCCUGAAGGCGCCGAACAAAGAUGGCAGACGAAAGGUGCUUGAGAAGCUCGCCUUCAAGGACGCUCGGCCUCAGUCAUCCGCGCCCCUAACGAACGGACACGCCUUCCCGCCGUCGCCGUCGAACAGCAGACCGAGCACAUCGCACCGCAGCCACUCUAGCGAUGGCGGCGACCAGCACGGCCAGUCCAACGACCAACACGGCCAGUCCAACGACUUUGGCUUCGUCGUUGAUGCCAGCAUCGACUUCCUCGAUCUGGCCGGACAGACUGACGGCUACAUGCCCGGCGAUCUCGUCCUCCUCACUUCGCGAGCCCGCAACGAAGCGCUCAUCCGCUCCGUCAACGACACGGGAAACACGGUCACUCUGACGAGAAACGACUACGCGUCAGCCAUCAGAGGCUUCACUCCCGCCUCCCUCCGAAACGUCACCCUGCAAUCCUCGACGACCAAGUGGGACUCGAUCGGCGGCCUGACGGCAACACGCCAGAUCCUCCUCGAAACCCUCCAGUACCCAACGACCUACGCCCCCAUCUUCGCCCAAUGCCCGCUCCGCCUGCGCUCCGGCCUGCUCCUCUACGGGUUCCCCGGCUGCGGCAAGACGCUCCUCGCCUCGGCCGUCGCGGGCGAAUGCGGUCUGAACUUCAUCUCGGUCAAGGGCCCCGAGAUCCUGAACAAAUACAUUGGCGCGUCGGAGAAGUCGGUGCGCGACCUCUUCGAGCGCGCCGAGGCAGCGCGGCCCUGCGUGCUGUUCUUCGACGAAUUCGACUCGAUCGCGCCCAAGCGCGGGCACGACUCGACGGGCGUCACGGACCGCGUCGUCAACCAGCUGCUCACGCAGAUGGACGGCGCCGAGGGCCUGAGCGGCGUCUACGUGCUCGCCGCCACCUCGCGCCCGGACCUGAUCGACCCUGCGCUGCUGCGCCCAGGCCGGCUGGACAAGAGCCUGCUGUGCGACAUGCCCGACGUCGAGGAGCGCAUCGACAUCCUGCGCGCCGUGACGCGCAAACUGCACCUCGCGCCCUCCAUCCUCGGCACGGCGCCGUCCGGCCAGAACCUCCGCGAGAUUGCGCAAGCCACCGACGGCUACUCGGGCGCCGACCUGCAGGCCGUCGUGUACAACGCGCAGCUCGAGGCCAUCCACGACGUGCUAGGCGACACGGACCUGAGCGCCCCCGCGCCGGGGUCCAAGGGCGAGGCCAAUACCGAUAAGGGAAUACCGGACUUCACAUACUUCCGCUACGACGACACCGCGCCCUCCAACCCCACAGAACGCGCCCUCAUCGCCCAGAAAAUAAGCGCCCUGCACUCCCUCCGCCGCGCCCGCAAAGCACUCACCCGGCCCCCGCCCUCCUCUUCAUCCAAUCCCCUGUCCACCAUCCCGGACACCGACGCCGACGCCGACGCCGAUGCCGCCGCCGCAGACAGGAAAGAACCGCAGAUCCAAUGGCGACACAUUGCGCGCUCGCUCGCCGCGGGACGUAGCAGCAUCAGCGCGCAGGAGCGGGUGCGGUUGGCGCGUAUUUACAGGGAGUUUGUCGAGGGCCGGGACGGGAAUCUGCCGUCUGGGCAGGGGGGGAGUGAGAUUGGGGGGAGGUCGAGUUUGAUGUAGAGCUUGCAUGGAGAAUGCGGAGGGCGUGUGUAAAGUGUGGUGUAAUGGAUAUUGAUGGAGUGUGGUGUAUUGGAUAUUGAUGGAGUGUGGUGUAUUGAAUAUUGAUGGAGUGUGGUGUAAUGGAUAUUGAUGGAGUGUGGUGUAUUGGAUAU